ACAAACCAAUAGAAUAAAUCCGAAGAUGAUCAACUGUAGUGCAAUUAAGUUAUUAUACAAACAGGAUAGCAACAGAGUUCAGCCUCCCCCCCCCCCCCCCCCCCCCCAGUCACACUCACACACCCACACACACACACACAAGCACAAGGCGGAGCAGGGAUGUACUUUUUUUAUACACCCCGUUUCACCUCCAUCCACAACCUCCAAACCCCCUUUUUCUACUUGAAGAGGGGUGUGUUAGUGCUCUUCACCCACAGCGAACCCCGUUCGCCCGGGGUUUGGGCCGGAAAUAGUUAAACCGGAAGGGUUCACCUUUCCUAGCAACACACGAUAGAACAAUAUACAGUUGUUAUUUAGUACCUACAAUAUAUACAAUAAUAGAGAGAGAGAGAGAGAGAGAGAGAGAGCGUGAGAGCGCGAAGAGAAAUAAUUGAGCGAGUUACACGUGUGAGGAAGAAGACGAGUAAUAGACAAAGCCAACCAAUAGCAACAAGGAUCAGGAUACAACUACAAGUAUAAGACAACAGUACCAUAGUAACCGGGCAAUAGUUAAGCAACAACAACAACAACAACAAAACCACAACAAACACAUAAAAGCUCUAGCGCGAGAGAGCGAGAGAGAGAGCUUUUCCGUUAGUCUGUUGUUUCAUUUUUCACACUAGGUUUGAAGCACACACACACACAAACACACACUUUGUACUUCCGUUGGGACCUGACCAUUCAGCCGCCGGUCAAGUGCCUUCAAGUGAGCCCAUUUUGCAACACACGGUUUUGGUUUUUCCUUUACAAUAGACCGAACAAUCAAAGGCCAAUAGCUAGUUGUAUAGGGUUAAGCGCAGGAAACUAAGCAGAACUGUUGUAAGUGUGCGUGCAGUGCUGUUGCGUGCGUGCGUGCGUGGUGGGUUUGUUAAAUGCAGCGAGUAAACGAAGUAACGCAAGCUGAGGCAUAUCCUCUCGGUGUCUUUUAUCAACCGCUUCCACUUUUCCGUUGUACUGUUUCUGUUUUUGUUCACCCUUUUUUUUAUACUAAUAUAUUCUAAUGCAAUUAGAGAACGUGCACGGUAUUAUGGAGGGGGGGGUUUGCUUUUCUUUAUCAUGUUUUUUUCUUCUCCUUUUUACGUUCACACAAAAGCUUCCUGUAAGGGGGCGCCUCCAGGUGAAAGAAGAAGUUAAGUCACACACACACACAAUCGCAGAAGAAGAAGGAAAAAACACACACGCAAUCAAGAAUUUAGAAAAAGAAGUAGAAACAACGAUGGAACAUUUCUUACAUGUGUUUUGUGCCAUCGGGCUGAAAAGAGAGAGAGAGAGGGAAAAAGAGAAGAAAAUGAAGAAGAUAAUGGGUGAAAGAAAGAGAAAAGAAGAGAAAACUGGAACGUGUGCCAUGCUGUUCAAUUGUUUACCAAAGAAAACACCGUGCACCGUGAAGGUUGAAAGAAGAAACAGAAAAUCAAGAAGAGAAAACAAAAUAACAAGAAGUAAACUUGGAAGAAAGAAAAAUGCGAAACACAAAAGAUAAGAAAGCGUAAAUGAUUAAGAAAAAAAAACAAACAAAAAGCAUAAAAAGGAAUAUAAUGUGUGUGUGUGUUUUUAAGAAUCAUAAAAAUACGAAACGAAGAAGAAACAAGCAAAAAACAAUGGGGAAAAGUAAAAUGCAAGGAAACAAAAUCUCGAAUUUAAGGUGAAAUGAGAGAAAGUGAAGUAGAAUAUAUUAUAAAGCAAACAAGCAAACAAAAGAGGUAAAACACAGUAGCGAAACAACUUACCAAUGCAGGGGAACGUGUGCAAGCCAACUCGAGCAAGGAAUCGAGAAAAGAACGAAACAUUAUCCGAUCAACGGUGUGCGCAUUUAAGUGUCGGAAAAGAUGAGUGCCCGCGUAACAGUGGGCGACAGUUGCUAGGUUUACCUCGUAGAUCGUAGUAGCCGAGGAGUUUAAGGGGAAGUAGUAGUAGUAGUAGCUUUUGUUUGACCGUUAUUUUUUUGUUCUCUCUCCUUUAUAUACAUUUUCUUUUUCUUGUUUUAUGUACUCAUACGUUUAUUCGGUCGGCGGUAUCGCCCAAUCCCAAUCUAGGUUACCUUCGUUAGGUUCGUAAGGUACGGUAGCGCAGAGGUGUAAGAAGAGGAAAAGCGAAUAGCGAAGCGAAAAAGAAAGCGGGGGGAAAUGAUCUGUGGUCUUCUCUCGUGUGAAUUAAAUUUACCGAAUUUUAGGCAAAACAUAACAAAAAAGAAGUAGAAAACGUUUGGUUUAGUUUAGGGCAAACAUGGAAACCGAAAAUUUGGAUUAACGUACGUGCAAUGUUUGGCUAUGCAAAAUUAUUUAAGCAGCGAAGGGCGAAAAUACAGUCAGGAUCUGAUUUAGGUGAAGUUGGCAGUUAACACUUGCUAACUGAAGAUGUAUAUUUAGUUGAUUAGAAAGGAUGAAAAUAUUAUCUUUAGCGUCUUCUGUUGAUUCUGCUUCAUUCUUUUUUUUUGACGAGGAGUCACUUUCUUCAUUCGCAUUUCGCUUGUGUAUCAUAAUGUUUGGGAGUUUUAGAAAAAUGUUUUUUUUUUAUUUUAGUUCUUUUUCUAUAAAAAAAAAUCUUCCAAAGGCAAACUGUUUAGGCUUUACUAGCAAAAUUUGUGAUGUGUGAUUUUGACUUUAAUAUACGAGGAAACGUAUGUUUUUUUUCAUUUCUUUCGUUUUUAUUUAUGUUUUGUUGAUAAUUUUUUGUUUCCACUCGUUUCCAUUAACUAUCUGCAGCUUGCCAGAUUGGAUGGGUCUGGGCUAUAUUACAUCCGCUCGUAGCAAACAGGGAGCGCGGGAAGGUAGAAAUGGCAAAACGAAACGGGGGGAAAAGCGCAAAUGGUGAAAAAGGAUGCAAAAGAACUGUGAUAACCAAAAAAAAAGGGAAACAUACAACAACACACACGCACACGUGAGCACACAAACACACAACAAAACAAGAAACUGAGCAAAAGAAGCAGAAAAACACACACAUACACAAUCCUCUUAUCCUAACGUAUUAUAAAAAGGUGAACGUGUAAACGAAGGUAGAAAAGUAUUUCUAAAUUCUAAUCAUUUUAUUUUGCACACACACACACGUUUCGGAAGAAAAAAAAACAAGUGAUUGAAAAGAAAAGAAAAGGGAGAAAAACAAAGAAAGGAAAGUGAUAGAACGCAAAAAAAGGUGGGUCAGUCUUUAGGCAAAAACAAGAAAACAAGAAAAAAACUAAACUAGAAAACAAAAACUAAGUACUUUUAGGCAUGAUGAGGAAUGUGAUGGAGGGAGUGAGUGAGGAAAGCAAAACUCGUGAAACAGAGGAAAGCAAAACAUAGGAACAAAGGAAGCACAAACCAAAAUGAAAAAUUUAAAACGAAAAAAAAACACUGUUUAGGUCAAAUGUUUAACAAAAUUUUGUUUAAAAAAUGAAUUAUAUAUAUACACACGCAGAAAGGUGAAAGAGAGAAUGGCAACAAACAAAAAAAAAGUUCGGAAACAAAAGUGAAGGUGACCAAAUUAAGACGGAAAAAACGGAGUAUGAUGAAAACAAAAAAACGUUUCGAAAACGAAAACUGUGUUCACAAAAUUACUGUUUCGGUUUUGUACAAAAAAAAAAAAAAAAACUCGUGGAAAAUGAAACCAAAAUUGUUCUUAGUAGGUUAAAAAUUCUGACUGUGGUUCGAGAAAUGGUUUACGCUCUUUCUCUGUGUUUUAGGCAUCUCUUUAGGUAUAUUAAAAUUGUAUGUAAAAAAAGAAAUGAAGAACAAACACACACACAAAAAAACACUGUUUAGGCAAUCAAAAUUAUUCUAGUGAAGCGAAUAGCGAUCGAAUAGCAGUAUCGGCACCACCAUGCUGUUAAGUUGUGAUGCAACGCAACCCAAAAAUGGUGAAAAUACUCCCGUUUUCCCGUUAAGAUGAUUCUCCUGCACGCGACGCGAAGUUUGUUCGUUGUUUUUUUGUUCUAUGUUUUUGCUUCCCUCAGUCAAAAGCAAAGGCUCAAAAAAAAAAAGAAUGUUUUCAUAAGUGUUAUCUAAAUUUAAUUGUUUAGGCAAAAGAAAGGGCGGUGGUGGCAAAAUUUUGAUCGUCGUCCGGCCCUGUGCACCGGCGCGAUUUUGUUUCGAUGUAAUGGAUAAUAGAUGAAGGGUUCGGAAAGCUAGGUGGGGAAAAAAUGGUCACAAAAAAGGCGAUGCGUUAAAUUAUUUGCGAGGUUUUAAAAGCAAAAACAAUAAGACACACACACACCCAAACACACAGACACACAUGUGCAGUGAAUGUUUUUUCUUUCUGUUCCAUCCAAUGCAAUCCGGUUCUGAGAAGGCGUUCGACAGUGCGCACCGAUUCCUAGUGUGCCAUAAAGAAUGUACAAUGGGAGGAUCUCUUAUGCUAAGUCCCUUUCAGACGAAGAAAAGAUAAGAAGAGGAAGACGAAAAUCAAGAAGCAACAACUCCCCCCCCCCCAUUCCUUCCUUAAUGAUAAGCAGCAGCAGCAGCAGCAGUCGUCUAAUUCUUAUUUUGUUUCGUUUCUCACAGUUACUUCUUUCUCUAAUUAGCCGAUACAAAAGGUUGCAUUUUUCUGUUUGUUCGUUUCCUUUACGCGUGACAGUAAUUUUCCGAUGCGAUUUAGUAUACGACACCGAAGGACACUUUUUGUUUUGAUGUGAGGGGCGAGCCAGCAGGAUUUAAGGGGCAGAACGAUGAAAGCAGCUUUGAUUUCAAGCAACCCCGUAGCCGAACCGUGUUAAUUUUGUUUUUUACUAUUUCAAUUUAUCGUUUAUCCAUUAGAACCGUUACGGAGUAGGUUAUAGUUUUAGUCAAGUGUACUACUUGUAGCUGUAUCGUUUCGUUUCUAAGGCUAUAUAAGCGCUGAAGAGCAACAGAUGUUGGUGUAAUAAAGCAGAGAGAGAGCGAGAGAGGGCGAGUGUAAUAUUAUCUUUUUACUCGUUUUUGUUUUGUGUUUCUUCUUUUCUUUUGUUUAUUUUUCCUUUUUUUCAGGUUUUACUAGUUUUCUUUCCCAUUUUAUUACUAUUUUUAAUAACUUUUAUAAAACAUUUUCUAUCGCUCUGUUUUAGGGAGUGAUAGUUAUAUGAUUUUACGAAAGACUACAUUAGUCUUGUUGUUUUUCUUUUCUAUAUUAUAACUUACCACAAACUACAAAAAUAGUACAAACAAGAACGGUGAAAGAAGAAGAAGAUGAACAUAGAAAUAAUAAGAAAAAAAAGAGCAACGUAAAACUUUUGGAACCGGAACAGAUGUGAAAAAUUGCAAGAUAGAAUGCUGCAGCGAGCAAGCAGCAUUACCAAACUGCCACCUCGACCGUUGCAGGACACACCGAGCAACCGAACAAAACAAACAAACAAACAGAAGAACACAAAUGUUUCCAUUUUUUUGUUUUUGUUCGUUUCUGUUUCGAAGAACAAUUUUUAAAUAAUUUCAGAAAAAAAUGAAUGCCGAACCGAAAAAACAAAAAACUAGUUUAAAAUCAUUCUCCCUUGCAAAAUGGGAAAGGGGGUAAGAAAAAGGUGUAAAACGAUUUUUAAAAAAUCACAAAAAUACGCGAACCGAAUGAAGAAAAUUACUUUUAACCCUACGCAUGCACGUGCAUAAAUUUAUGAAGAAAAAACAAAACAAAACAAUUCCAAAAUGAAACAAAAAACAAAUUGUAUCGUGAAAAAAAAAACAAAUUGUGUGUCUCUUCUAAUCCCAUUAAACUGUAGGUACUAAGUGAAGCGAAACGCGUACGGAAGGUAAUGCAAUGGUCUAUUCCUUAAUAUAUGUGUCUAUUAUGCCGAUGAACCUUCCAUAGUGGUUCCAUAGUGAGAGAGCAGGAGAGAGAGAGAGAUAAGACGGCGCUCGGAUACGAUACUUUUCCAAGAAAAGUGCAGUGAUGACUAGAUGGAGAAAUGUUUUGUUUGUUUUUUUUUUCAUUUUUAAACUGACAGUUGCGACAGACAUGCACACUAAUGGCAGCCAUAUUGGUAAGCAAAUGGCGGAAGCGAGAGAGAGAGAGAGAUAGAGAGAGAGAGUGUACACCUGUAAAUAAGAAGUAUUUGCUCUCGUAAGGAUAACAAUCAUCAUCCACAAAUAAUGAAGAAUGCAAUGAAAGGUAAACAAACACUCCACACACACACACACACAUUCUACACAUACAACCACAUUACAGGAUCCAGCAGUUUAUUGUUGACAGUUAAUGCACAGUUUAUAAUGCAAUGGUGGACGAAUGCAGCAGAUGGUACUUUUUUGUAACGAACAGAGACAAACUAACAGAACAAUCGGUGGCAAGAGGGAUGCCCAAGCUAGCGUAUGAAACAGAAAAAUAAAACCAAUACCAAUGCAGACAGCACACACACAACCAACCACACACAGAAAGAAAACCCCUAAAGGGCAUAUAAUAAACACGUACACGGGAAGCGCAAAUAUGGCGGCUUCUAAACCUUUACACACUACUGACUACUUAGUGGGAUAGGAGUUGUUAACAAGAGAGAUCAAUUUUUAAAUAUUUUAUUAUUAACUGACCGAGAGAAAGCGAAAGUCUGUGCAGUAAGUGUGAAAUAGAGAAAUGGCGGGUGAAAGCGAGAGAGAGAGAGAGAGAGACAUUACUAAAUGCAAAUACACACGCCCAAAGUAUGUGAAUAAUGCGUGUGCUGUGAACAAUACAGGAACUGAAAAUGGGAAAAGAAACUACUAACUAAAGGAAGAAAACCCUUAAAAAGGGAAAAAUGAAAACAGAAAAAAAGAAACAAAAGUAAGAGAAAAUGUUUCUAGAAAACAAGGGAAAAAGAAGCGAGAGUAAACUAGAACACAUAAUCAAUAACAGAAAGCACAAAACAAACCUAAACAUAGCAAACAGCAAACCACAGUCAGCCAGAGUAAGGGUGCUUACCGGAAGCCCGCUCAUAUAAAAUAAAAGCUAAACUGAUACCCACUGUUCAUAGAGAAGAAGCAGUUGAACGGGGAAAAAAAAACCAACAAUAACACGCACAAAACAGAAGAAGAACAAAACCAAACAAUAGCAAAAGGGUAAAACUAUUUUUGUUUUUAUUUUGUCUAAACAUAGGUUUAUUGUAAAGCGAAAUGCCGUAUUAUUGAGAAUCAGAUUGUGAAAAAAAACAAACAAAACGACAGCAGAUGCAGCCAGCAGUUUGAAGCCGAACAGGGCUGAAAGGGUCGGUACAGCAGUCGAGUGACGGACGGCGGGAAUGUUCCUGUGCUGCCAACAUACACAUCACACAGUGCCAGAGUUUAUAUUUAAACGCCACAAAGCUAGCUCAAAAGCAUUCGCCGAGUCCGCUCCGUUCCAGCUCCCCCUUUCCCCCGGGGGAGAGGGCGAUGGGGGACGAAGGCGAGUGUCCAUAUUUACAACAUUAAACCAAAACCGAAGAAGAAAAACCAAAACCCCCUCCCCUGCAACUUUUCCCUCUCCCAACCCCAACCACCAACCAGACGAAACCAAAACAGACCGAAGAGAAAGAAAAGGGAAAAGCAUACACAAAAAAAAAAACAUAGCAGAAAUAGUAAAUGAGUAAGUAAAGUUUAUUACAAUAGAAACAAAGCCAAAACAAACAACAAUAAACAAACAAACAACAAAAGAACAAAACCGAAUGCCAAUGACCAAUACGCAAAACACGGAUCGAACGAAUAGAAACGAAAACAGAAAACAGAAAACAACGGACGUAACAAUAAAGGAAACGACUAACGACACCGAACAACAAAGAGCGAAACAAACAUACAAACAAUCAGAAACAUAAGAUGAUAAAUCGUUAUACAAUAGUGAAAAUGAGUAAAAGAAAAAACAGUAACAGUAAAACUGAAGAAGAAACAAACAAACAAACCAGCAAAUGCAAUAAAAAUAAACAAACAGAACACACACACACAAACUACAAAAAAACACAUCACACACUUACAAUUACAGAACAGAACAAAAACUUUCGCAGAAGAAAACCGAAUAUGAGAAGCUAACAAAAAAAAACAUAACCAUUUCCGGCAAUAGGUAAAUUUUGGGAUGUGAAUAAUUCAACAGAUUCAGCAAACAGAUUCUGGAACAGUGUCGAGUAAAGGUGAUGGAAAAAGCCAGCGAGUAGAAGAAGCACAGCAACAACAAAAACAAAACGUUUCCAAUAAUUCUCAACACUGGAAGGUACGGACUUUUCGGACAUCCUUUGGUUCUUAUUCGCAUUCCCAAUGGGAAGCAAAAUGAAUGAUUUCGUGUGGUUUGAUUUUUGCUUUCGGUUGCACAAAUACAAAAAAACAAACAAAAAUGAGGUUUUCAGUUAUCACACCGCAAACAAGCCAGGUACAACCAGCACAACCAUUAACCAGAUUCAGGCAGUCAAAUUAAAUGGAAAAACAAACUAAAACAAAAAAGGGAAAAAAAGAAAAUGAAAGAAGAAGAACAUAGGGAAAACACAUUUGGCAAACAAAAUACUGUAACAGGUUCAAAAGAACGAAAACCUGGCUAGCAGUAUAAAAAGGGAUAAAUUAAAUGAAACAACGCAAAGGUGGAAACAGAUAGGGAAAAAACAACCGAAUCAAAGCAAGCGCCACCAUCAAAUAACAUCAUCGAACCAUCUUUGAUGCAUGGCUUGCUUGGUUACGGUUUGCAUGAAGAUCAGUAAAAUGUCUCUCAAGCACACACGAACAGCAGCAGCAAGAAGGGCAAGUACUUUUUUUGGCAGAGCAAGGCACGGCACAAUUGUUUUACUUUCAUGUAUUCGGGCGUGUCAAGCAAACAAGCAUAGGAACUCUCUCGGAACACACUCGGAAAACCAACUGGUCAGCGAAAAACGAACACCGCACGUCGACAGGUGGAAAAGUUAAUCUUUUAAAGAAAAACAAGGAAGUGGAAAAAAAAUUAUAAUUAUAUGCAACAACAAAAAAACACACACACAUCCAUUUAAUCGCUACUUAAUAAACGCUCUAGAGGGUGACGGUUUACCCACCGUAAACCAUUAACAAAACAAAGAAGGAUGGAUGGGCAUUUGUAUAAAACAAAAAACAAACUUACAAGCAAAACAAACAAAAAACGAUAUUUUAGUGUGAAAACAAUGGUUAAAAGAAAGCAAAAACAUAAUACAAAAAAAAUGCAAAACCGAAUUCGAAAUUAUGUAAAAUUUACAAAAUUCCAAAUCGAUUGUACAAGCAGCAUAAAACAGUGUGCAAAUAAGAAAGCGAACACGGGACAACAUUCGCAAGUGAGUGAAAAGGGUGAUGAGAGCAACACAACACAAACGGAAGAGUGAAAAAAAAAAACACACGAACCCAUUUUUCGGAACGCGCCAAAACAUGAAGCAAAGAAAAAGUGGAUAAAAGUGAAAAGCAAAUGAGAAGCAAAAAUUGCUGGUAAAAGUGGAUAAAAUCUGUGAAUGUUAGCUCACCCAUUUAAACGUAAAUAUACUAAUUUAAAGAGGAAAACAAGAAGAAGAAAAAAAUGAUUCAGAAAAAGGCAAGUAAAAGCAUUAACCAAAUUACAAAAAAAAAGAAGACGAGAGCGAAACCAGAGAUAAAAAUUACAUUUACAAAAACAAAAAGCGGAAACAAAAGAUGGAAAAGGAGAGGUAAAGAGCAAACAUAAAGUCUACAUCUACGUUGUAAUUGUUCCCUUCUAAGUAACACUUUUAUGCAUCAUUGUAUGAUGAGAAAGUAACGAACGAUCAGAAGAA